UCCCUUUGUAAAAAAAAAAACACAACUACAGAAGAGAGAGAGAGAGAGAGAGAGAGAGGGGAAGCGUCAACCUCCCGAAUCCAUCGCCGCCGCCGCCGCCGCCGGCGAUGUCUCCGCCGGCCGACACCGCCGCGCUCGCCUCCACGUCCGGCGCCCCGCUCGCGCCCCUCGUCGCCGCCCAGCUCAACUUCGUCCUCUCCCAAGCCAACCUCCCCAUCAGGGUGGGGCAGAUCUGGUCCGGAUGCCGCGACGGCCGCUACGCCGAUCGCUUCACGCUCGCCAUCCCCUUCUGCCUCGACUACGUCUACUGGGACUUCCUGUACAAUGCGCUGUCGCCGAAGGUGGCGCCGGAUGUGGUGUUCGGCCCGGACGACGAGGGGUUUCAGCCGCUAGUCGAUUUCGAUGAGACCGGGAGUGGGGAGAAGAGCUGCUUGGCAAAUUGGGAUUGCCGGGACACCUCGGCCCUCCUCUCUCUCAUCAAAGAGCUCCGUGAAUUUUAUAUUGAAUACCAAAAGAAGCGGGCAGCCGAGGUUGAUGACGCAAGACUGAAAUUUGAAAUAAGCACAGUUCUGUCUAAGGAGGGGAUUGAAGUCUGCACGGUAUCGUCCAAUGGUAGACCAGAUGAGGUGAAAUUUGCUGUCCCACUUCUGGAUCUGGACCUUGCCAAACUGGUUCCUGGAUGUCCUUGGAAACUUCCUCAAAAGAUCCAUUUGCAGGCUGUUUUUCCAAUUAGCAGAAGUUACUCCUCUGUUCCUUCUGCACCACGACUCAAAUUAGUCUCAACCCCAGAUUUGAAGUCAUUUUUCUCAGUUGAUGAUGUUAAACUCCCUCCAUGGUUAGAUGGAAUGUGCAUGGCUGAGUAUCUUCCUAACUUGGAAGAAAAUCUUAAAAUCCAGGUUGUGGAAGCAUCAGCUUCAAUUGGUUCUAGAAGACGUUUCAUUGAAGCAUUGGCUCCUACUUUUGGAAGGCCAUUAGAGGCUGAUCCGAUUUUUUGCAGAAAAGCUACGAUUCUUUCCAUCUCAGGGAUUUUCACUUUUCUGGUCCACUUUGUCAUUCCCCUCCAAUUCCCUAAGCAUCAACCUGUGCUGACAUUAGAGAGUUCUCAGCACUUCAAUGCCCAGGGGUUACCUAUCAUGUCAGCUCCAGUAAAUGACUAUCCCUGGAGCCCUAGAUGGGAUCCAACAGAAAUGGUUGAACGCAUCUAUGACUUUUUGGUUGACGAGUGCCAAACUUUCAAGAAGUUUUGCAGCGAUUCUAUCCCUCAACAGAAGUAGCUGAUAAGGAAGCAUCUCUGUUACUGCCGGCUUGCUCGGUCUGCUCGCAAGUUGCAACCUGUAUUCCCCAACCUGGCAAGUAAAUUUGUAAGCUCAAGAAGAAGCCUAGUCAGGCAGUAGAAUCCAUAAGAUUUGGAUAGGUGCGCUUCUGUUUGACAAGUAAAUUGUGUACACUAGAGCAAAGCUGGGCAUAUGUUUUGUUGGUUAACCCCAUUGCUGCUGGUCCUAGACUCCUACCUUGUGAUUGCUGGGAUAAAUGGCAACCCAAUUGCUCCUGCCAUGUACAUACAGAUACCGCACGUUUACCACCGGCCGUUUCUUUCACUGUAAAGUUUGAUGCAAGUGACCUCUGGCUGCUAUGGUUUACUGUACUUAAUGAUUUACUAGUACUACAUUCAUUUCGGAUGGUGAACUGGCAA